UCGAGUCCCGGACAGGAUGCGUCGCAUUGCGCAGCUGCUGGCUAUCUUAAUUGCGAGUGCCGGUAGAUGCCAGAACACUGGACAUGGAAACCACACGGAAUUGCUGAAAAACAUCUUCAGCAAAGCAGUGGAGGACUGUCAAUUACUUUAUUCCAUGUAUCAGAAAAACGAAACAUCUGAUAGUGUGGAAAAUUGUUUUGACGUCAGUAUGUCGCAGAUAAGAGAAGAGAAACAUUUUGGAAAUACAAAUUUUUCAAGCAGUGAAGAUCGAAGAAACCCAUGUCGUUUCAAUAACACAAAUUCAAACGAAAAAAACCAGUUUGGAGAUACAGUUUCAUCCACCGAAAGCUAUUCAAGUUAUAACAAAAACACACAGCGUAGCAUGCCACCAUGGAAGAAGCACAUGAAUCAUGAAGAGAAUUCGUUGAAUAAUUCGAGUAAUAUGCAUGUUAUUUCAGACAGAGCACCUAGAAGAAAUCAGUCAUACACCAGUUCGUAUUUCCAAAAUAAAAACAGCAACGAACCUAACUACUCACAGACGUAUUCCAGUGGCAUUAGUCAUUACGGUGAUGAAAAGAAUAACAAUUUUCAAAUACCUACGUAUGGCUAUCCGGAAAUGCACACUGGAUACGUAGCGAAAAAUGAAUACGACAAUAGGAAUUCAUUCAGUACUUAUACUUCAGUCCCACCGAUCAUUGUAGAAGGCUGGCUUCAGCCCGGCUCGCAGAAUGCAAGAAUAGAUUUGCCACAGAAAUGGAGGCGAACAAAGCGGCAGGAUGGAUUUGACCCGUACGGAUGUUACGAUAAACAUAAGACAUAUGUGUUUCCAUGUACCAGAAUGUCUCAUCGCGCUGCAGGAACCAGGGAUCCAACAAACAAGCUAUCAAGCAGCAAUUCUAAAGGCUUCAACCUGUUCGAAUGGCACAAGGCGACGCCAAAGCCAUUGGAUACUCGCCACUAUCUUGGGUUCGCUGUGAACAAAAAGAAUCCUCUACGCGAGAAUGCUCGAACUAAUGAUCAUCAUAACAAAUAUAAACAAAUAAUUUCUAGAAAAUCUUCACAUGUUGCUUGGAAACACAGAACAAGGUUAACCAGAAACCGUAGGCAAACUAACUAUCGCCAUAAUGAUAGUAUUCAAGCUGUGAAUAAUGAAGGUCUUCCAGUCGAGUCCUUGAUCAUAAAUCUCCUUGAUGACAAUGUGAAAAACAGAUCUGCGCUAACGGCUUUGAAAAAAAGUGUUCGAUCGUGUUUCAACAAAAUACACUUUCGGGCCGAAGAAGACAAAUGCAAGUCCUCCCAGCAAUUAGCUGAGUGCAUGGGCUUUGAUUUCAACUUGAUGAUGAAGACAUAAGUUACACAGAAGGAUCAAAAUAGUGGCGUAGUGAAAAGGAGGGGAGUCGAGCGUACCCGAGACCCUCCCGAGCAUAAAAUAAACUAACAUAUUGAGAUACCACCCGGGACAAAAAGGUUAUAGUUAAAAUGUAAUAUGUAACAGUCUUUGAGUGUUUAAAAAUGCUGUAAAGCUAUGUUAGUUUAGUUAUAUUAUUAUUUAUCAUCUUAAGGUCCAAAAUUGAAUUCCCCUUUUAGGUAGCCUAACAUACUUCUAGCAUCAGGAAGAUGUUAACAAAAGAAAAUAUUUAAGCCAUUAUUUAAAAUCAUUCGGCUUUAAUGUAAACUUCCUGUUAUUUUACACACUAUGAAAUAUUUGUUGUUAUAAUCUUUGUAAAGCACGACGCGUCGCGACGCUUGUUAGUUCUCUCCCAUACAACAUUUUUCACUACGCCACUUUAUUAAGAAUAGUUUUUUUCCUGCACUACGCUUGAAAUAUUAUAGCACUCAGCGGAAUGGUCUGUAGUUGGUUAUGUAAAACAUGUUUUCCAAUAAAAUGUAACAUGUCAUUUUCUGGUAA